CCCGGCGCCAGACGCUGAUAGAGAUAUUGUCAAUAUUCUAGCGAGAGCGCGCUUAGCAGGCACUAUGCAGGAUGACGAAAUCGAGGCACAGCUAAUGACCUUUGUCAUUGCCGGAUUCGAGACAUCGAGCACCAGUCUGUCCUGGUUGUUAUACGAACUCGCCAUGCAUCCUGAGCAUCAGUCCAUAAUCCGUGCAGAGCUCAAACAAUCGAAUGACUACGACCCUAUGCCAUUUUUGAACGCCGCAAUUAAAGAAAUUCUUCGUCUGCACCCAAUUAUACAUUCCUUUAUACGUACCGCCCCUCACGAUGAUUUUCUACCUCUCUCCGAAGGGAAGACGCUUGCAGUACCCAAGGGGCAGACGUUUGCUUGUUCUGCUUAUCUAUACAACCGUCUGCCAUCUCUCUGGGGAGCCGAUGCGGAGGAAUGGAACCCGUCUCGGUUUUUGGACAAGACAUUACCUGUAUCACUGGGUGUGUACGCUAAUCUGAUGUCAUUUAGCUCUGGAUCUCGUUCAUGCAUCGGGUGGCGGUUUGCGAUCAUGGAAAUGCAAACAAUCCUAGCCAACCUGCUUUUACACUUCGAAUUCAGUUUGCCUGAGGGAGGCGUUGAGAUUCUUCAUUUCCCUGGCUCGCCGGCUGUUGUACCCGUUGUGAAGGGGAAGGCGCACUUAGGCUCUCAGGUGCCCUUAAGGGUGAGAGUGUUACAGUAAUUAAUGAUAGUAGUAGCUUUGAAACGACGUUAGGACUGAGGC